AUUAUUAAAGUAUAACAUACACAAAAGACACAGAGAAAGAGAGACGCAAAAAAAAACAAACACUCUCUCACACACAGCUCGAUAAGGCAACAACAACAAGAGACUCAAACAAACCUCAUCUCUUCACAGAUCCAACCGAUACCGAAACCGAAAUCUGCAAUGGGGGUAGAAGUUUCAGAUGUUUGUACGGACAAGGAGCCAGAUUGUAUAACAUUUUAUUCAAAUGGUAUUUCCAAUGAUUCAAAUCAUGAAACUGCUCCCAAUCAUCAUGAUGGUUCAGACACAUAUGAGCAUAUUAAUGAGGCUCCUGAAAUGCAAAGUUCAGAAGAGAGCACUGAAGCAAAGGAAUAUGAAGUGAAGGAAUGUACCACUGAAAAUACUGUUGAGGUAUCUGAACUCCAUCAAAAUGAGAAAUAUGAUGAAGAGGAGAAUGCGGUAAACUCACACUUAAAGGCUUGCCUGCCUAAGGAAAAGGAAAAAUCAGAAACCCAAAAUAAAAAGGACAAUAAUAAGUCACGAGUUUCUAUCAAGCAAGCAUCUAGACCUGUUGCUGCAAAUGUUCGAACAAAACACACUGUUCCACAGCCAUUUGCCCUAGCAACUGAAAAGCGUGCCUCCAUUGGAACUCGUCCUACUGGCAUUCAACCUGAUGCAAGCACUGGUGUGAAUAAAUUGUCUAGUGCAAAUAAUGUGCGACAUCCAAAUACCGCAAAGCCCAGUCAGCAAAUAUCUCAUAUGGUAUCAAGGAAGCCACUGCAGCCUGAUAACAAGAAACAUCCUGAUGAAGAAGAUUCUUGUUCUGUUGCUUCCUCCACUGCAGCUUCUACGCAGGCAAUUAAGUCCAAGGCAACUGCUUCAUCAGCUCCAACAUUUAGAUGCACUGAACGUGCAGAAAAACGGAAGGAGUUUUAUACAAAAUUAGAGGAGAAACACCAAGCAUUGGAGGCUCAGAAAUCUCAAAGUGAAGCAAGAACAAAGGUAGGAUACUUUCUCAAGUAUCUGUCUACCAGAAAAUAUAGUACUCUCUCCCCCUCUCUCAUGAUGGAAGAGAAAGAGGCAGCUAUUAAACAACUGAGGAAGAGUUUAACGUUUAAGGCAAAUCCAAUGCCAAGCUUCUACCAUGAGGGACCUCCACCAAAGGUUGAACUCAAAAAGCUGCCACCAACUCGUGCAAAAUCACCAAAGCUGGGCCGAAGGAAGAGCUUCGGUGAUGCGGUCAAUUCAUCCCAGGGAGACAAGGUUAAAACAGCAGGUGCUCUAGGAAGUCGUCGAAGUCUUGGUAUUUACAAAGAAGAGAUCACCACCAACGGUUCCACCAUUAUUAAGGAUCAGAGCAACAUCCACAAUGGUAAUGCCAUUUACAAAUUCAAAGAUGAAUCCAACAAAGUGGAAGAGAUAAACGAAUCAAUUGUGACCAAGAUAAAUGGUCAGGGAAAUGUGGACAUUGCUGUCCAGUCUUGAGUUUCUGGUGAGUUUAUAAUUUAUAAGAGGAAAUGGACUUCAUUUUCUCUAGUUUUCUUGUGACUGCUCUCAAAAAUGUGUAAUUUAUUUCCUUCAACUUGCCAAGGACUUGUUGCGGUGCUUUAUUUAAUGUAUGAUGUGUAAAUUCUGUAAGUUAUGUCCAUUUAUAUAUAUAAAGAGUUAUUCCUCA